AUGCUACGACAUAGAGGGGAGCUAGACUACAAUGCCAAAUGAAACGACAAGUUCCCAAUAACAGCCAGACAAUACCCUGUUUUCAGGAGAGCGUGUAUUCCGCUGGGCCUCUGGAAGAUCAGGAGGGCUCCCGAGGUAUUGAAAGGUGGAUGCGCUGUCCAACACCACCAAUAUCAGUAAGACUAGCCGAGGACUCAUUUGAUAGAGAAACAACCACGAAGACUCGUGAGCAGAGAGUUCAGGGGAAAAUCGCCGCAUUUGAAAGUGUGAUAUAUUCUGGAUCUUAACGUCUUGAGGUCUUGGCACAUAAAGCAUGUCACUUAAGCGGCAUCGGCCAUGUGGAAGUGAUGGAAACCUUGGUGCUUCAUCUAUGCCCAACCAAGGAGGGGCAGUGGUCCUUUUGAGCAAAGUGAUCGAAUUAUUUGAUGAAGAGGCUCACGAUCUUACUCACAUCGAGGAGCAUAAGGACAACUUAGCUUGCCCUUUCUGGAAACAUAACCCCUCCCGGUAUUUGCAUGUCACAAGCGCAUGUACGAACCGCUUUGGUUUCAAGGAUAUUGGAAAGCUGACAGAACAUAUCAAAAGAGUGCAUUGUCUGUGGAACGGCUGUGAGAGAUGUGGCAAGAGAUUCAACAAAUACAAAUUGGAACAAGUCCGCGAAGAGAAACAGAAGCAUAUGUUGAGUUGUACAAAUCCAGAUAAAUGGCGGAAAGACUCAGAUGCCGAGUGGAUGACCGAAGCGCAGGAUGAAGCGUAUGGACAACUCAAUUUCCAGAAGGACAAGGGCAAUCCAGAUCAAUGCUACAAGAAGAUUUGCCGUGCAUUAUGGGGGCCAAACUACCACAACGAGAUCCCAGAGCCCUAUCACCGGCCCGGUUUCGAUUAUUCUGUUCUUCGUUGGAAAUUCGUGAAAAAGUUGGAACGGCUGGAACUCCAGAAAAGACCCGAAGGAUCGUACCAAAAUGCCAGAAACGAGACCGCGAUAUCAGCGCCACCGCUUGUUCAUAAUCAUGACCCGAUGCUUUCUCAACAGGCAUUGAGUGACUUGUCGAGCGGGCCUCAACCCUUCUACAGAUCCCAGAAUCGAAAAGAUUCAGGCGUAUGGUCAUAUGAUCGCAGCUCAGAGAACCAGUUAGCUUUCGCUAAACCCACAGUGCUGGACUACGCCUAUGAUGAUGGGGGCAUCGAGGAUCAUUCGGCAAUGGCCCAAAUGACCGGAGCUUGGGACAACUUUUCGGUUCCAAAUGGACAUCCAAGUCUUGAGCUUGAUGAGGACGGCGAUGAAGGUUUUGGGUUGUAAUCGGCAAACUUAGUACUAAGCAAUUUCUAGGUAUAUAUCGUGGCAGGGAUGAGCGAUGACGAUACGCUUAACGAACAGGCCCCCUUUCUUGUUAUAUAUUUCCAGGUAUAUAUGUUUAGCGCCAAAUAUGCAUCGUCGAUUCGUUUAGCACCGUACGAAGUUGGGCUUUUGCUUCAUAUCGUCUGUGGAGCUUCCCAGGCAGUUAGCCAUCGACCGGUGUCACUUAGUCUAUUAAACUAGCUAAUGCAGGGGUCUUGGCCACAUAGUAUCCCGGCCUAGGUCGGAAGUCUCAGGGCUUGCUUUAUCUUAAGACUUGAAUCGUCACAGCUUUCCGAAGCUAUCAUCAAGCCAACCCUUCGAAAAAAUUACAACAUAUUAUAUCCCCGAUACGCCUUAAAAUGCACCUUCAUGUCCAUAGCCCAUAAAUAAAUGAAAAGGGGUUAAAAUCUACCCGAAAAAUUCCGCCUUCCUGGUGCUGGCUGCGUGAAUUCCCUGC